UCAUUGACCCAUGGCAUCCUGCUUGAAUGAUUGACAAGGAUUAGGAUGCUGAAUUCUGCUCAUUAAGUACCAGACCAAAAUGCUUCCCUUUAACACACUGUAACAGCUUUCAAAAAUGAAUACUUUAUUUGCUGUGGCUUUUAUUGCUGCCUGCUUUCCUGACUUUGCCCACCACUUCGUGCUAAGCAGUGAAAGUGCUGUGUUCAGUGAUCAUGGGGCAAAAUUUCCGAGGAGUGAAACAAGACAGGUAGAAUAUAAAAUUGUAAAUACCUGGAACAGCAUACCGGUUUUGCAUGCUCCAGUGACUAUCACAUUUAAACCUGGUGUUCAAGGCUUAGUAAUGGAAGUGAACUCCUUAUUCUUCGAUGAUCCUCCAGCUCCACCUGGUGAACCUGGAAAGCCUUUUGAUGGCCUUUGGGACUAUGAAGUGGUUGAAUCCUUCUUUUUGAAUAGUGCAACAAGAAACUAUUUGGAAGUGGAAGUCUGCCCGCAUGGCCAACAUCUUGUAUUACUUCUUUCUGCAGGAGAUUGUAUUGAGAAAGGACUUCCAUUGACAUUUAAAGCUGAUAUAAAUGGGGGCAUCUGGAAUGGCACAGCAAUUAUUCCUUGGGACUACUUCCCCCCCGGUGUGGACAAGAUGAAUUCAUAUGCAAUCCAUGGGUCUGGUAUUGGGAGAAUGUAUGAGGCACUUUAUCCAAUACCACAAGAAGAGAUCAAAGAGGGGCAGGGCCCUAAUUUCCAUCUUCUAGAAUAUUUCAAAGAUUUCAGUCUGAAGGACAUAAUGGGAGAAGACUGGAACCAGCCUCCAUCAGAUCUGUGGUCAUAACUUCAUCAACCUCUAAAGUCAAGU